GUGAGGAAGACGAAGUAGCAGUAGUCUAAGUGACCGGAAGUUGUUUUUUCUGUCGCUAUGACUACAGAUUGCCUCAGUUUUCUGAUCUUUAGAAGAUGGCUACUAGAAUCGGGAGAUCAACAACUGUCGAUCCCAACACUCUGUCGAAGGACAAUGGCCAGACUGCAUUGAAUGAGCUCAUGGAAUCUACAGGAAAAGGGGUAUCAGACAAAGGGGGAAAUGGCCAGGUUUUAAGCUACCCUGAUGGCAAUUUGGCAGUGGACUUGGUCUUGCUUUUUAUCAUGAUAUUUGUGGAGGCAAUCAGACUGUACCUGGGUUCAAAGGGCAAUUUAAGAGAGGAGAAAGUUCCCAUGGGAAUUAGUCUUGCUCUCACAUGUGGAAGUGUUAUGCUUUCUGUUUACUUCUUGGUGUGGCAAACUUAUGUUCUGAGGGCUGAUAUAAUCAUUAAUGCUAUCCUGUUAAUCAUCUAUUGUCUGGAAAGUGUGCUUGACAUAAUAGCAAUUGCUGCUUUUGCCAGUGCUUAUGCAUAGGGGAAUUUUGAACAAAGGCAGUAUGGGUCAAAAAUUUCAUACUAGUGUUUUGGCCAGUUCCAGUAUGAUACAGAUCCAUCUAAGUUAAAUUGAUAUUUUUUACUUAUAAUACUGUAAAUAUUUUCAUAGACAUACAGUAUGUCAGAAUACAGUGUAUAAUUAGUACAGAGGACAUAUCUCAUAAAUACGAAAACUCAGGUUGUCUGCAUUGCAACAGUAUUUGGUUGGUCAGAUCUGUCAUUCAUAUAAUACGUUUAAUUCUCUGUUUCUCUAAAAAAAAAAAAAAAAAGGAAGUAUCAUUUAAUGUAAAGAUGUAUGCACAUUUUUUCUAAUAAAAUCAUGUCAUUGAAUUUUACACUCUAAAA